UAUAGAACGCUCUACACUCAACUAGUUUAAUAUCCCGCGUGUUUACAUUUAGCGUUCAUUAAGAUUAUAAACGACGAGUGAAGUCUUUUAAACUCCUUUAAUAAAGUUAAGCUUUGUAUAAAUGUGAAUUUGAGGGAAAAGACUAUGGAAAAUAGAGCUAUAUGAACAUGUUGAACAGAACGAUGCAUUGAUUUAUUGUCAGCAAAGCUUUGGCCACAAUCGUCAACAGAAUGAACGGACAGAGAUUAACUGAUGACAUAUGUCGAAGCGUCCUGAACAGGGCUCACAAGAAAAUUAUUGAGGAGAUGUACCCAGAAAAAGUGCUGGAGAAACUACGAGAAAAAGGAUUUCUAUCGCAUGAGGAUUACAUUGCCAUUGGGAGAGUGGCCGACAGGUCCACGAAGAAUCGCAGUCUUGUCGGUAAGAUCAAACAAAGCGGCAAAAGGGCGUAUUGCGAUUUCAAGAAAAUUCUUCAUGAAACCAAUCAAACAAUCAUAAUUCUAGAGCUCGAGUUAAAAGAAAAAGAGUUAGGAAUCGAGAAUGCUGAACAUUCGGCGCACUCGGCUGAAAGGAGAGUACCCGAUUCAGCAGUUCACGAAAGGAUGGAAACUGACCAAACACCAGAUCCCCCUGCACCAGUUCGGCAGCCUACUGCGGACAAUUCAUUGAGCAAUUUAGAUCGUUCAGUUGUUGUUAAAACAAAAAUUAAAAAAGACUUGCACGACGGGCGACUGAUUGAGCUCAACAGCAUUAUGAUUGAUGAGUUGAAGAGUAUUAGUAAGACGGAAAAUAAAUUAAAAGGCGGAUUUGGAAAAGUGUACAUCUCUAACGAUCGAGCUCCAGGAUUCAACAUCAGAGUUGUCCUAAAAGAAAUUGAUUUGCAAACAGGAGAUUUGUCUCAAACUCGAAAGCUAGGAUCAGUUACAAGUGAAAAGAUUGCAUCACGCUUGAUGCAUUUUGGAAUCGUCCCUUUACUGGCGUAUCACGAUGACCAUUUAAAUCGGAGGUAUUAUUUUGUAUCGCCUUAUCUUGAGAAUGGAGACCUGUAUAUAGCGAUUGCCGCGGACAGAGUUUGUACAGAGAAAGAUAUUCACCUUCUUUGUCCAACCAGGAUAAAAAUCAUGUAUCAGAUUGCAUGUGCUAUAGACUUUAUGCACACCGGAAAUAAAUUCAGGAGAACAGUGUUGCAUAUGGAUAUUAAGUCCAAAAAUAUUGUCCUUGAUAACUACUUCAACGCAAGAUUGAUUGACUUUGGACUCUCAAGAGAAUAUAAAGAAGAUGAUGAUACUGCGAUUAUUACGUCCAAAGAAGGAACUCCAGGAUACUUGCCAAACGGUCAACACAAUAUUCUGACAAAAAACAAUGAUUAUCAUAACUUUGGAGUAGUUGUGCUCGAGUUGAUUACUGGUCUUGAUGCGUCUUCAAAAGUGGAGGGGCUUGAACUUCGGCAAUGGCAUACAAGCCUGAUUGUACAAAGACAACAGGUCUCAGUUUGGAAUAAUAAUGCAGUUGUAAAUAAAGUAGCUGAAAUAGCAGCUAAGUGUGUUGCAAGCGUAACAACACAGUCUUCAAUCAACUCAGAAGACAUCAGGAAUGAGUUAAAGACCAUAUGCAGAAAACAAUCAACUCCGGAAUGGGAUUCAGCUAUGAAAACGGAAACCGUGGACAGAGAUAUUCGAUGCGAAAUAUGUUUGGUCAAUGAAGUAAUGAAAGUCGGAUUUGAUGGUCAUGAAAAUAAUUCACCGGUACAAGCAGCAUGUACAAGACGGAUCCGCAUUUGUUGCUCCUGUAUGAGGAAUUCAUAUAUCAAUCCAGUCAAGUGUUAUACAUGCGGAGAAACAAUUCAGCCUUUCAUAAAUGCCAACUGGGGAGCCAUACUGGUUGCUGGGUAUGAUGAAAACUUCGGAAAUGUUUUCCAAAAAGACAUCAAUCAAUUUAAGGAAGUGAUAACAUCGAAAGUACUGCCAGCAAUGUGUAUCAAUCCACAAAAUGUCAUAACUCUGGCUGAAGACAUGAAGGGCAUUAAAGCUGAUGAAAAACUUGAUCAGGCAUUUGAUAUUCUUUCCGGAACGAAUAUUCAAACAUUGCUGUUUGUGUACUCUGGACACCACGAUGAUGAAAGUGGCUUUCAACUUGGUCCGAAUGUGAAUUACAAUUUGGAUAAAGUAAGCUUGAGACUCAACAAAUGGAACGAAGAAAACCCGAACUUUGGAAAAGUGAUUGCAUUUCUGGACUGCUGUUUUCCUAAAAAAAUGAAUCUGAAUAGUUCCCUUAAGCUUAUUCAGUUCAAUGCUACCUCUCCAACAACGCCUGCAGAUUUGGAAACAAAAGAGGGCAGUCCAUUUUUAAAUUACGUUAUUCAGGCAUUCACUGCAAGAGCAAAUGGUAAAGUCUGUAAAAUAAAGGAAUGUGAAUGUCACGAGCGCAUCCUGGGCAACUUUAUUACUCUUCACGAUUUGUGGAACUAUCUUAACGAACAUAUUCAACUGCAGAGAGAAACAAGUUUAAAAGAGCCGUAUAUGAGUGCAGCAAACAUUGAAUUGCGAGACACACUCCUAGCCUACAAUUACGAUUUUGAAGUGAAGUUUGAAUUCACAAUUAAGUGGCUUGAGACGGCAGAACGGAAAAAAUAUGUGCGUCCGAUGGAAUUCAACGAAUUUGAAAGACUAAAAUUGAUUCUUGCUAAAGACAUCUUAAGACACGUGUAUAAUAUCAAUCUCAAUCUAGAGGACUGCAGUGAACUGUCUAAAUUUGCCGAAAUCAUCAGUUUAGAAAUAAACACUGGACCAAGGACCGCACAUGUCAAAGAGAUUGACAACAUCGAACUUCUUUUGUUAUAUUGGAACUCUAAACGUCAGUUGCGAUGUCUUGCCCGUCUGCUACCCAGCGUAAACGUGGAUAAACCAGUUGGGCGGUGCUUCAAAAAAGUUCCUGACAUACUAGCUGUACACCGGGAUAUUCUUCAGAAGUGCAAUAUAACGGAACAUCAGUUGACACUUCCUAACCUUCGGCUAUAUAAGCAAUGCCUGGAAAAGAAAAAUAAGACUACAAAACAAUAUGAUGAGUAUAUGUUUGUUGUGGACAUGAUAAUUAAUCAAGCAGCAACAAAGCUUCAACAGACACGUUUGAGAAUUUCCUUCUUUGAUCUGUCAACGGACUACACACUGGUCCACAUGAACCUAGUAAAGACCACUGACGUUCAGUAAGUUGCAUCAUGGUAGAAGAUACUUUGAUACUACGUUCGGUUAUUGACUCGAGUUAUGAGCUGAAUAUACAUAAAAUUGAUGCAAAUGUGAAAUUUGAAUUUAUUUUAAGGGUUCUUUGUUUUAAUUGAAGAGAAAACAUGUUGACAGAGUACGUUUACAAAUAUAUGAUCAAACGUUUGAUAAAUUUUGACAUGAACUUUGCAAUAUCUCAAAAUUAGCUUAGAUCGGGUUAUAUCAAAUGUAUAUAGGGAAAAUAAUCGAAAUAAUAAAACAAAUAUGUGUUCAUUAGUAAUUCGUUACGUUAACAUGUAUCUUGGUGUAGAGGAUAAUGCUUUUUUUUAAAUAUGUUAUUUUCCAUUAGUUUAUUCACUUGUUUCUAAGUUUUAUGUAUGAGUAUGUGUGAUUGUAUCCCCUAUCGAUAAGUCUGCAUUAUUAUCUCGCUACCUUGCAACAAUAUUAUUGUGCGUUUAACAGACGUAAAGGAAAAUGAUAUCUUUUAGAUGUUUCACUCAUUUUAUUUUACCAUUGCGAACGAAGUGUCUGCGGUGAUUUACCGGAAUCUCCAGUUGGUCGGUUGAUUGAUCGGUUGGUUUGUAAUAUGUGAACUUUGUAUCGUAAAUAUAUAAUAUGUCUGUUAUGUCCAAGAUGUAAUGUUAGUUGUAUAUGUAUUUUCCCUUAAAUUUAGGUAAAUUUAGGAUACUUGUAUCAUAGUACAUAGGCAUUUUUUAUCGAAAAUGUGCCUUUCAGUUUUAUGUUAAUCAAAAUGAUAUUGUUGUUCAUACUAUGAAAAACUGCAAGACGUUAUUUUUCCUUACGAUGUUCGUUGCAGAGUUUUUUUCCUUGCACUUUAAAAAAAUUGUGAAUACUUGCACUCUAGUGCUAAUAUGUACUUUGUAUCACGAACUUCUCCCUCCGUUUUCAACAUAUAAACAUAAAACCUUAUUGAUAUCUUGUGUUUAUUGUGUUUAGUGUAAAACGUUAUUUUUGUGUAUAUCACUGUUUUAUUCUUAGAGUUCUUUGUCCGCGAAAUAAGGCUAAAUUAGUAUACUUACAUCAUUGAACACGUGUACUUUGUGUCGCGAACAGUUGUCUGUGUAUCAACACGGAAGUUAAUUAGAAUGUAAUUUUACAUUUUUGUACGCACUUGAACUGUGGCACAUUGUAGAUACUUACAUUAUUGUACAACCGUACUAUGUGUUUCAAACAUUUGUAUCAAAAAGAAACUAAACAGGAUUGAUGUUUUUUAUGUAUUAAUGUGCAACACGAGCUUCUUUGAAAAGUAAAUCCUACAUGAUCGUUCAUGCUAAUUGUGCGUGUUUUUUUAUUUAAAAUGUUAUUUAGCUAUAAAUUUAACGAAAUCAGCUGAUUAUUCAAAGGCUCAAGAUAUACUUGUUUAUAUUUUAAAACGUAUUGGUAUUGAACUUAGAAUAUUUAAUUACAUAUUGUUCACAACUCAGACUUUACUGCUUAUUAUGCUUUUAAUGUAUUGUAUUGAAUUAUACUUUGUAUAUUUAGUCUACGCAUAUUCAGCUGGAGGAAAAGCCUUUUUGCAUAUGUUCUUCUUGCCAAAAAAUGAAAUAAAAAGUUUUAUUUAUUUGUAAACGAAACAGGAUUAUUAUUAAGUGAGAUCUGAGCUUUUAAAAUAUCGUGUGCUACGUCUAUUUUUUUUUUUAGUUGAUAAGUUCAGUUUUAUGUGUAGACAUGCUUGAACAUUUCUAAAAAAAUAUUAUCUGUUAAAAGAUCUCCCCUUGCGAAAAAAAAACAUACGGGUCUGCAUAUCAAUGUUUUAACUUGAACACUAUUAUAUGAGUACGAUUUAUCAAAAUAGUUUUGUAUGGCGUUGUUUUUCGAAUUAUGGAUUUUCGUUCUGUUGUGUGCUUAUGGUCGAGAAGACGAUGGUCAUGUUUUUCAAAAUAAAUCACUUAUUACUACGUUAUUGGACCUUUAUCAUAUAAUUAAUUCAGUUUUUGAGACGGAACGGUACAGGAGGGGUAGGUGUCCCGUUAAACCGGAUUUAAACUACAACCGUUUAUAAUAAGCCGUUUCAAAGCCGUUUCAAAGCGAAAUUCUCUCCUGCUGUUGAAACUGGAGUUUCACCUUGAGCUUAUUACAUACACAUUCGGUUCUAUAUAUGAUGCUGGGUUGCUGUUGGAAGGAGGCACAUUGAUUUAUAGGUCGGGAAUAUGUUUCAAAACCCCAAACAUGAAAAGUCCUAAAAGUCGUAUAUUUACGGAUGAACACCGCAUGUUACCCUGAAAAUUACUAUUCAUACUUCGAUACCAUAAUUUUUCUAAUGAAUCAAGCACUUGCUUAUUAUAAUAAAUACCCAAUUUCAGUAUUUAUAAAUCCACAUUUGACUAUAGCCCACUGACAUUGCUGGACGCAACUUGAAUAUCAGAAUAAAUAUAGUUCAAAUA